AUGCUGUUGAGUGAGGCCGAGAAGGAGCGAACCUUCAUGUUCGCCUCCCAGCGCCUCAUCUUUCGGCCAGGGGGCGCCUCAAGUACCACACCAGCCGGUUGGGCUCUGGGCAGCGCCACCCGGGGCGAGCGCGCCGCCACCUUCCUGCCCUCUGCCUCGCCGGCGGCGUCUUCUUCCCCUUCGGCCCCACUCUGGGGGGCACGGCCCGCGGUGACGGCGUCGGGCGGAGCGCCCACGCGACAGGGCGCCAUUCUUCUGUCGCGCGAACGUACCGCCUCGCCCACUCCCACCUCGCCCAGGGAUGGCGACAAAGAAGAAGAAAACGGCACAACAAAGAACGAAAGCGAAGAAAAGAACGAAAGCGACGAAGAGGUGCAGGGGCAAGAGGAGGAAAGAGAGAAGGCAGGAGCGACGGCGACGGCGGGCGAGCAGCUGCUGGACGUGUCGGAGGAGACCGAGCAGCAGAGGGAGCCGUGCCCAGACGGGGUGGACUGCCGGAGCGAGGACCCGCGCCACUUCAUCCUCUUCCUCCACACCGCGCGCGACGAGUUCGCGGAGCCGUCGGCGUCGCCGCCGGCCUUGUUCAGGAACCGCUCCAUCCUGUUCACCUCCAGCUUCGACGCUCUGCAGCCCAUCACGACCAGCGAAAAGGAGAUGCCGUCGAACAAUGACAGCAACGACGCGCUGACAGCCAAGCGCGCGCUGCUGCGGCGGUCGACCAGCUUCGAUUCGGGCCUCAAGCGCGAGAUCUCGUUUUCCAGCCUCGGCGGCGGCCUGGCAGCGGUGGGUCCGAGCGGGUCGUCCGACAACAGCGAAAAGAGCGGGUGGCUGCACAAGCGAGCCGCCCUGCGCAAGACGAGGCAGCUGUUGUACUACAAGGCCCGGGCGGACACGACGGCGCAGGGCAAGGGUCCCGAGGGAUCGGUGUGGCUGGAUGACGCCAGCACCCUCCCCGCGCCCGAAUCCGACGACCGCGCUCACUGCUUCCGCCUCUGCACGCCGCGCAAGACGCUCCAGCUCUCGGCUCUGGACGAAGAAUCCAAGUGGAGCUGGAUCAGGGCCAUCACCGUGGCUGCUUCGCGAGGGAUGAAGUCCCCGCCGAGCGGUGACCAAUCGCCGCUGGUGUUCGGGAAGGGUCUCAAGGCCAGCGGCAACGGCAGCCUGUUCGACUUCUCCACGUCCUUUCGGCAGCUGCCCGAGGCGUCGCGCACGCCGGGCGGCGAGGAGGCCGACAAGCAGUACAACGCAGAGCGCGAGCGGCAGGAGAAGAAGCGAAAGGAGAAGAAGAAGCGCGAGAAGGAGAAGAACUACGCCAAGGAGUACGGGCGGAAGAUCGACUGGACCGGGCGCGACCUCAAGGUCCUCCCGGAGAAGCUCUACGAGUUCGCCAACUUCGACGGGCUCACGAAGCUGGUGGUCCGGGCCAACCAGCUGUCGGCCUUCCCGGGCGAGCUCUCCAUGCUCCGCGGCCUCACCUACCUGGACUACUCCGAGAACCUCAUCAAAGAGCUGCCCAAGGAAAUGGGAGCGAUGUAUCGAUUGAAGGAGCUGUACCUCGAGUCGAACCGACUGGAGCGCUUGCCGCCAGAGCUGGGCAAGCUCACACGCCUCCGGGUGCUCAACAUAGGAAACGGUCAAGACUGGUAUAACGUGGUGGAGGCUCAGCGUUCGGCCAACAAGAUCCGGAGCCUGCCCGACGAGAUCGCCCAGCUGGCCCACCUACGCUCGUUCGACUGCAGCAACAACGCCAUCUCCGCCAUUCCGCCCGGCUUCUUCGACAACUGCACCAAGCUCGUCAAGCUGGACCUAACCGGCAACCAGCUCUCGUCGGUGGAGGAGACGCUUAUGAUUGUGCGACUGCCGGGCAGCCUGGGCCGGCUCGUGCAGCUGGAGAAGCUGCUGGUCUCGCACAACAAGAUCGAGGAGCUGCCGCCGCAGGUUGGCUGGUUGCGUCAGCUCAAGCUGCUCCACCUGGUCGAUAACAAGCUCAGCCGACUUCCGCCCCAGGUUGGGCACUGCAGCCGGCUGGAGCAGCUCUACAUGGAAGACAACCCCAUCAAAGACCCACCGCGUCACGUCUUCAAGCUCGAGCUCACCGAGCUUCUUCUCUAUCUCAGCGUACAGCUCUGCAUCCCCGAUUUGGGCAAAGGAGAGGAGCAGUGCUUCCGCACGCGCGUGGUGCUGUUCGGAGACGACGACAAGGACAAGCUGUUCAAGGCGAUCGACGGGAAGGGGCGCUACCGCCGCCGGCCGAUGCUGGAUCCAGAGGCGCUGCUGCCGCGGCUGUUCAUGACCGACGAGGUGGUGGUGAUCCAUUGCCAUCCGCUUCGACGCCAUCGACGCCGACACCCUGGCCAAGUGCCGUUCCCGCCGGCCCAGCACCGCGAGAUCGUGGCCGACCUGAAGGCCAAGUGCGACCGUGAGCGGGGCGACCUCAACGUGGCGCUGGUCGACCUGCUCAGCGUCAAGGGCAACAAGGACCUCAAGGCGCUGGUGCCCGUGCUGGUCGACAUCGCGCUGCGGCAUGUCAGGCCCAUGGGCCGCCCCGUACAGCGCGGCCUGCACCAGCUCGAGCAGAUCCUGGGCAGCAGCUGCGUUGACACGAGCAGCUCGACGGCCAGCCUGCCCACUCUGCUCCUGGCGCCCGGCGGCAGCGACGGAGUCCAGGGACCGGUCAUGGGGAUGGACGCGUGGGCCGAGCUGUGCGCGCUGUGCGGGGUGGCGACCGACGAGCAGCAGGCGCACGCGCUCAAGGUGCUGGCCUCGUGGGGCGUCCUGGUGCACGUGCCGGCCGGGAUGAUGGCCAAGGAGGCCUUCAUCGUGCCCUCUGCGCCGUGGCUGCUGGCGCAGCUCACCACCUACGACGCCGCCUCCUAG